AUGAAAUCAUCUUUUCACUCUCAAAAAAGUGCUCGCAGUAUAAUUGAUCAUAAGCUUGCUGUAUCUGAGGAUGAAAUCCUAAUGAAAAACAGCAAGUUCUUAAAAACCCAGCGCGCUCAGCUUGAACAAAAAAUCCAAGAUCUUUCAGUAAAGAUCCAAUUAAAAGAUAAAGAAAUCUCCAAACUCAAACAAUCCUUCUCUGCAAGCUUUCUGGACAGUGACAUAAAAUCCUCCCCAGACCCCCAGAGGCGCUUAUCAACCGAUGUCUUAUCAAAAAGCCAAUUUUCCGACUACGAACGGUCACGGGAUUUUACAAAUUCCAGCAAUUAUCUUGCCCAGCUUAAAAUAGAUCUACAAAUCGCAAAUAACCUAAAAGAUUCAUACGAAAAGAAAUACAAAGACUCUCUAUUAAUCUGUUCCCCAGAUAAUGGCCCUGGUGAGGACUUAGAAAGAGUUUUCGAAUUAGAAGAAGAAUACGAAGAGCUUAAAAAAGAGCUUGAAACCCAGAUAAUUGUGGCUGAAAUUAAAUUAAAUAAAGAAUUCGGCCAUAAGCAGCAACCCACUAACCAUCGCUCCGUCUCAGCUCUGCCACAGCCCCAGAACGAGAUUCUGAUGCUACCAUACUUCUCGCCCGACGCCAUUUUUGGGUUUCCGACCUGAACACCUGCCCAGGGGAUUAGCUCCUUUGGGCAGAGCCACAGUCUGUCGAGUGCCCCGAUGGUCCCGAUGAGGAAAGACCAUGUGGUAGGCAAAACUCUCGAGCCCAUCCGGCAAGAACAGGAAAAUCUUUGGGGGAGAAACAAAACUUCCCUCUUCGGCAAGGCAUCCCGAAGCCUGAAGGCCUACUAUAAGAGAGACAGAGGCCCUAACAUCAGCUUCAUCAGGAUGGGUCCUACUUGCUCCAUAGGAAGUGCGCCUCGGAGUCAAAUUUCUGUCAAUGCACCAUUUUAUUCCUUUGUAGCUGAGGAAUCUUUAAGAGAACGAGAUUAUUUAAAAAGUGAGGUUAUACCUGUCCUGGAGAGAACUUUGCAUCUGUAUGAGCAAAAUAAAACUGAAAUGGAAGAAGAAAUAGCAGAACUUAAAGGAGAAAUGAGGUUGUUAAAGAGGAGUGUGGAAAGAGUAAGACCUUCUUAUGUAGAUGAUGACGAAAUGGAGCAUCAUGCGAAAUCGCUGUAUGUAGAAGUGUCUUCAAGAAAAACAUUGGUAACACCGUCUCCAAAAAUUGUUCCCAAAGGAAUUAAAAAUGAAGCGAGUUUUAGCUCAUCGCGGCCUGUGUCUAGGGGUAGUAUGAUACAAAAUGUAACAAGGACUCCUCGAGCAAAAAUUUAUAUUCCAAGCUAUUUGAGACAUAAAAAAUCAGCUACGAAUUCUGCUAGGAAAGCGACAAGUCCAUAA